AGAAAUGCGAUUCACUGCAGCUGUUGGCGGAGGGCUGCUGCCCUCUGCGGUUGCGGGCGCUGCCGCUUUUCUCGACGUUUGUUCCGUCGAUGCGGUCCUUGAGUACUUCAGCUGCCAGAAACCUGUUCCCCAUAGAUGCGUUGACAGCCUUGUCGAGCAAGCCACGGAUUUUUGCAGUAACUAUCUGUCCAUUGAACCUGUCACCAUCUAUGCCAGCACCGAAACCCCGGUCGCGACCGAGAUUAUCAGGGCAACCUUCACGACCAGUGCAACGACAACCAAGGUGACAUUGACCACGGUCGAGACGACCUCAAGCUCCACUGUCUUCAUAGUCGAGGAUGAGACGGUCACGGCCACUGUCACCGCUGCGGCGGGCGUCCAGAAACGGAUUGCCUCGAAGCCGGUCGUUAGUGCCAAGCCCAGCUGCGUCGACCUGAUCAAGAAGAAUCUGCUCCGGCAUCCGGCUUGGAAACUCUCUCGGGCGUGCAGCUGCCUGAACCCAAAGCCCACCACCAUCACCAUCGGCAUGACCACUGCUUCUACGUCAACCACUACCAGCACCCAGACAACCAUGGUCAUCGUUGUCGUCCCUGAAACCAGCGUGUCGACCGAAGUAACCACCGUCGUUAUACCGCAGCCGGUGACGGUGACAUCGACCGCGACCGCAACCACCACGGUCCAGCCCCCGCCCCCGACCUGUGAGCGUUGCGCCUGCAGGUACAAUCCCAACGGCGAAGGAAUAGGCAACAGGAUAGAGACGCCGCCGGCGUCGAGCGCCGAGGAAUGCUGCGAGCUGUGCUACGCCAAGCCCAACUGUAUCGCAUCGGCGUACCCGGGCUCCUGCCAGCAUCUCGUCAAGGAUUCCGCGCUCGCCGGGGCCGAGACUACUGCGAUGUGUCCCCUGGGUGUUGAGAACUACUUCGCCCCCGGAAUGGAGAACCCUAGUGGGGUUGUCAUGAGGGGGCCCUGCGCUGCGUGA